CCCCCCAUUGCUGCCUUUUGAAAAAUGUGUUCGCAGUGCCCAUCCGUCGGGGAACAAAAUUAAGAAUAUUGACGCUCUGUGAUAAGCGUACGUGUGUAUAUGCAUGUAUGCACGUUGUGGAGGGUACAUUUUGGGGGGAACAUUUUGGAAGGCACGUUUCGAAGGGCACAUUGUGGAGCACACGUAGUGGUUUCCCCCCGUCCCAAGGGAAUGGCACGCAGACCGCCUGCCGGGUUGCGCAGCAGCUGAGCCAUUCUGGGGGUGAACUCAGUGCAUACGUGGGUUAGAAGUGCACGCGUGCGUUCAUCUGUGUGCUCUCUCCAGCACCCUCUCGUAUGCUCUCCCUCAUGUGCACUCCCACUCAUGCGGCCCACGUCAGCGCCUAAUAUGACAGAGCCAUACCAACAAACGCUCUCGCGGAAAAGGGGCUUCCACAUCUGUACGGAAUAAAGCAGCGAAAGAGGAAGCUCCAAUGACGACCAGUGGUAGACCGCCUUCACCAAAAAGAGAAAACCCGUUCGGAUGUGACUCCCCCCCAAAGUAGCAUGUUCCCUUCCCAUGCAAACCGCGUCGCUGGAAAAAUCGCCUCCUCAUUUGAAAAAAUAUAUUUCUUUACAAACUUACUAAAAAAUAAUGACUAAACAGAAUGGGUACAAAAUACUUGUAGAGUUUUUUUUUUUUUACAUUUCACUGCUCAGCGCUGGUACGGAGUCCUACGUUCGAAGUGGCAGCGGCGGUAGGGACAUAAGCAGAUGGAGUAAUUUCAGCGGCAUUUUCACGGAGGAGACCAUCCAGAGGAGGCGCCUCCCGUGGUCGGCGAGGAGUAGCACGGCGCCACGUCCACAGUUGCCACCGUCGCAGCUGCCUCCGCCCCAGUUGGAGAAGGCGACACAAAUUGCGCCUCCCCCCCCCGGGGAGCCAACCCAACGCGUCAAGCUAAAAAAAAAAGAAAAAAAGAUUCUAAAAAAGUACAAAGAUUUUCUGGACAUUUUACCCAAGAGAGACAGCGAAUAUGCAAUAAACGAAGCGAUCGAGAAAAUAAAAACGUUGGCCGUUCAUAAAUUCGUCGAGAGCAUCGACAUUUACCUGUCCUUUAACCAGAAGAGGUCCAAAAUGAACAAAAAUGACAACUUGAAGACGUUCAUUACAUUUCCACAUAACUUGAAAAAAAAAAGGGAAAAAAAAGUAUACGUGGUGACGAACAGGGACCUUCAAAAAAGGGCCACCGACUCAGGUAAGAAUAUCCCCAGCGAAGCCAAUUUUUUGGAGGGUGCUGACGUCGUUGGGGAAGAUGACCUGAUCAGCAAAAUUAAAGAAAGAGAAAUCAGGCUGAAGAAAAAAAAUAAUAAUUUCUUACUAUGCACAAAUGACGUGAUACACAAACUGGCGCGUGUUGGAAAGGAGGUGGGAAGUAAAGGACUGAUGCCAAAUGAAAAGUCCGGAACAUUGGUGAGCGAAUUUUUACUUGAAAAGCACGUGAAGCUCUUCAAAUUUGGGAAUUCAUACAUUUUUAAGCUGAACAAGCUAAACACCCUAAAUUUAAAUGUGGGGGAUGUGUACAUGUCAAAUGAUGAGAUACGGGAGAACAUUUGCCACCUCUUCGAGCAUUUGGACAGCUUGGAGUUUUUUCACUUCAACUCGAAGAAUUUGAAGUCCGUUUUUCUCAGCAGCACCAUGGGCUUCCCCUUCAAGAUCAAGCGGAACUUCCUCUAG